GAGGAAGAUUUACGUGUCCUCGACUCGAGGCGCUCCUCAAAGAGACGCUUGUAGCCUCAGUUAACCCUGGUUGUUCGCACUGCUGACGCUACAGUUUUGACUGUUUACUUUCCUCUACAACAGGACACCUGCCGAUUUAUAAAAUGUCCAAUAGUGAGGGAAACAAACUUUGGGGAGGCCGUUUCGUUGGAGACACGGACCCAAUCAUGGAGAAGUUCAACGCUUCCAUCGGUUACGAUCAGAGGAUGUGGGACGCAGAUAUCAGAGGAAGCAAAGCUUAUGUCAAAGCGCUGGAAAAAGCGCAGCUGGUCAGCAGUGAGGAAAAGGAGCAGAUCUUACGUGGGAUGGAUCAGAUUUCAGAGGAGUGGUCUAAAGGUAACUUUGUCAUUAGACCUGGAGAUGAAGACAUUCACACUGCCAAUGAACGCCGGUUGAAGGAGCUCAUUGGUGCCCCUGCAGGAAAACUUCACACAGGCAGAAGCAGAAAUGAUCAGGUGGUGACUGAUAUGAGACUCUGGAUGCGAGACGCCAUCACCACCCUGACAGAAAAUUCUCUCCAGCUCAUCUCGACCAUGGUGGAGCGGGCAUCCGUGGAAAUCGAGGUUCUUUUCCCCGGAUACACCCACAUGCAGAGGGCUCAACCAAUCCGAUGGAGCCACUGGAUUCUAAGUCAUUCUGUCGCUCUGAGCAGAGAUGUGGACCGGUUACUGGAGAUCAAGAAAAGAGUUAAUGUCUUACCUCUGGGCAGUGGUGCGAUUGCAGGGACGCCGCUUGACAUUGACAGGGAGCUUCUUCGGAAAGAGCUGGGAUUUGAUGCAAUCAGUCUGAACAGCAUGGACGCCACAGGCCAGAGAGACUUUGUUGUGGAGUUUUUGUUCUGGGCUUCAUUGUGUUUGACACACCUCAGUAAAAUGGCUGAGGACCUCAUGCUGUACAGCACUAAAGAGUUCUCCUUUGUUACGCUCUCUGAUGCCUACAGCACCGGCAGCAGUCUGAUGCCCCAGAAGAAAAAUGCUGACAGCCUGGAGCUGAUUCGGAGUAAAGCAGGCCGUGUUUUUGGCAGAUGUGCGGGGUUCAUGAUGACCCUGAAAGGCUUACCCAGCACAUACAACAAGGACUUGCAGGAGGACAAGGAAGCCAUGUUUGAGUGUUUUGAUACUGUUCAGGCUGUGCUGCAGGUGACCACCGGAGUCAUGUCAACUCUCAAGAUUAAUCAGAAUGUGAUGGAGGCCGCUCUCAGUCCGGAUAUGUUGGCCACUGAUCUGGCCUACUACCUCGUGAGGAAGGGGGUCCCGUUCAGGGAAGCCCACGGUCUUUCUGGUAAAGCUGUGUUCAAAGCAGAAUCAAAAAACAUCGCCUUGAAUCGGCUCACUGCGGAAGACCUGAGUGACGUCAGCCCCCUGUUUGGAAGCGACGUAUCUUCAGUGUGGGACUACAGCAGCAGUGUGGAGCAGUACAGUGCCCCUGGAGGCACUGCCAAGACCAGCGUGGUUGCACAGGUGGAACACCUGAGGAACUGGCUAAGGAAACAGGCCCAGUGACGUAGACCCAAUUAACCCCUUUAAAAAUCUGAAUUUGAUUUGCUGAAAGGUUUUAGAUGAGAUAAAGCUGUCAGAUAACAGAGGUCCAAAUGAAUUAUUUAUAAGAAUUCUGCUCUGUCCUCCUAUAGUUCAUAAUGAGGGGUGAUCAUGUCAUAUUUGUCAUAAUUCAGAGCCUUUUGAUUACGUCUUACUUGGCCUGAGUGAAACCGCUGGACAAAUAAGUAAGAAAGUGUUACAUGUUAUGAAAAGAAGAGUGACUGAUUCUCACUAUGAAACCAUCAAUAGUUCUGGAUUAGGGAUCUGCUCAGAGAUGUGUGUGGUGGUAGUUGAAUUUUAUUAAUACUAAAACAAUGUUUGAACUUUUCACCCUGCCUUUUUUUUAACAGUUACUUAAUGAUUUGAGGCAAAUGCAUUUUUGGGAUCAGUUCGGAACGUGUUGCCAAAACUGUCCUGAGAGUUCCAAGUUGUUGAAAUGCCAGAAACGAAGCUCAUUAAUCCAGAUCUGAAUCUGUUCUCUUGUGACAAAGUGUUUUAGUGCUCUUCUUUUUUCCAUGCAGGAAAUAAAAAGUUCUCGCAAAGGACAGAAAACUGCAAA